UGUUUUCAGAGAAAAGAUCCCAUAACAUCUCGCCUGACGUCCGACUGACCCGUGCGUUUUAUCUGCUGGAAACACUGCGAAUAUGGUCCCUGCUCGUUUCAUUUUAACCUUUUUAAUAUUUUGGGGAAUGACACUGAUUUUCGGCCAUCGAGUCUGCCUGCACGUGGCCAUGGUGGCGAUGGUCAACAGCAGCGCAGAGGUGGAUUUGCUGCAACUGAGGAACGGGCCUCAAGAAAACAGCAACUUCUGCCCCGUACCAGAAUCGAGUGUCAACGUCACACUAAAUUACAAACAGGGUAGCUAUCCAUGGACUCCGUACACCCAAGGUGUGAUUCUUGCGUCAUACUUCUACGGUUAUGUGGUGGCUCAGAUAAUCGGAGGUCAGAUCAGCGACUUCGUUGGGGCCGCCAGACUCUUCGGGGGUGCGACGCUACUCUCCUCAAUCCUCUCCUGCUUCACGCCCAUGAUAUCUACUUUGGACGCCACCUAUACUAUCGCCCUAAGGACCAUAUUAGGUUUUAUACAUGGUAUGCACUACCCCAGUGCUUAUACACUGAUCGCUCGUUGGGCACCUUUGCAAGAGCGGAGCACCCACCUGUCUUCGUGCGUAAUAGGAACUCACUUCGGCGUGGUGAUGUCUAUGCCUCUCACAGGGUACCUCUGCGAACAUGGUUUCGGAGGUGGAUGGCCCUCGGCGUUUUACCUGUUGGGAUGUGCUGGUUUUGUGUGGUUCCUUCUUUGGGUAUUUCUUGUGUUUGAAUCUCCUGUAAAGCAUCCUAGGAUAAAUGCUAAAGAACUGGACUAUAUUCAGAAAAACACAGAAAUAAUUUCUAAAGAGAAAAAGAAUGCCUCCGUUCCUUGGCUACAGGUGGCUUGCUCAGCUCCCGUUUGGGCCGUCACCGUUGCAAAGUUCUGCGGUGCUUGGAGUUUCAUGUGCUUCCAGUCUAAGCUGCCGGCUUACCUGGACGACGUUCUGCACAUGCCUAUUCAAAAGAAUGGAUUUGUAAAUGCCUUGUUAUUCGGAGCUUUGUGUAUAUCUAUCAUCAUUUCAGGGAAAUUAUCUGAUUGUAUUAGGAGAAAGUAUCGUUUUACAAUCACAACGAUCAGAAAAUCGUUCGAAACAAUUGCACUUCUCGGCCCAGCUCUGUGCAUGGCCGCUAUUCCUCUCGUCAGGUGCAACGCCAAUGCCGUGGUUGCUCUUCUUACAUCUGCGAUGGCUCUCUUCGGGCUGUGUGGCGGUGGAGAUGUGUCUGUCAUCGUCGACAUGACUCCUGAUUUUGCAGGCAAAAUCUUUGGAAUAUCGAAUGCAAUUGCUAGCAUUCCUGGAAUUCUUGCGCCUGUUUUAGCAGGGUACCUCCUGGAAGGAAAUGUAGGUGAUGUGCAGCAGUGGUUAUACAUUUUUUACAUCUCAGUGGGCAUGUACCUGUUCGGAGCAGCGUUUUUUCUUUUGUUCGGUUCUGCCGAAGUUCAACCCUGGGGAAGAUAUUGCGGAGGAAAGACCAGGACACUCUCGGUGAAGGAGGCCAAUCUCAUAUUUACGGUGCCCGUGAUUCUUGGAGUGGACAACAACGAUCUGAAAAAGGAUACUUCUACUGUUGAAAUGACCAGACUUUGAACGAGCAUUUUUUGACAAAAUAUAGUGUAGCUGAAAGCGUUGUCUGAGUUUUUGCUGUUAAAUGAGAUCUCAGUAUGUAUGAAGUCGGUGAAAAAAAAAAUCUUAAAAUCCAUUGUAACUCGAUAAUAAUCCGAACUUCAGAAAUUGUAUUUCGUUGGUAGAAGCACUGGUACUUCAAUUAUAUGGAAAUAUCAUUCAAGAAAUGGCUCACUUGCUUCAAUUACAUUAUAACCCUCUUUGUUUCCAUAACACGAAUGCACAUAAACAAUUUUUUGAAGUUGGUCCGAGCACCACUUUUUAAUUCUCACAAUGAGCUCGUUGGAACUUCAGAACUGUUUAACACAUAUAUUAGUUGCUUAAAUAGUAGAAAUCCAAUGAUGAUAGGUCCGAACUGUUUAGGAGCUGUGACACCAGAGUUCGCCAAAGUUGCCAAAAUUUCAAAACUGUCAUGUAUUCAGUAUACAAUCUUGAUAUUCAUUCUGAUCUUUUUGUUCGUCAGAUAACUUCAGUUCGUCUUAAGAAAGAACAAUCUUAGUCUUUGUGAUAGUUGUACCAUGUUCGAGAAAAUCUGCGAAUAUCACAACACUUUGAUUCUAGAAGAAUAUCGUGAUCAGUUUGUUGUAUGGCUUGGCUUGGCAGUUCUCGAUUUCUUUUGGCAAAAGGGGAAGUCAGAUGUUACUUAAUUAGAAGUAGGAUAAAAAAGCCCUGAAUAUAACCGUUUUUAGGACCUGCCUAGAAGAAUUCAAUCAAUGUUCUUUGGCCAUUUUUAAGUUCCACGAUGGCUUAUCGAUAACAGCCCGAAGUCAAAAUCAGCUAUAGGAAAGGAAGUAAAUAACUAAUGCUUCUACAAACAGAAUUUUCUUUCUUUAGUACUAUAAUUACCGAGCUAUUAUGGAUUAUGGGUUGCUUUUUUAAACCUAUCUUUGUAUAAAACAUAGCGUUCAAUGCAAAUUGUCCACAAAGAGAAGGGUGUAUUCUAUAAUGAAUCAGUUCUAUUUCUGUUUCUGACCAUAUUUUUUCUUCGCAGAACAAACUGUCCUGAAUAUGAAUUAAAUACUGUUGUUGUUGUUUCUUUAAAGAUAAGAAGUAAAAUUGCAAGACUUCGUAUAACAGUAACAUGGAGUUUCUAUUAUUUUUUAUUCGAGAUGGGUUCAAAUGUUAAAUAACAAGUUUAUCUAAAAUAUUAAAUGAAUAGAAAACAAUUGACUAAAAUAUGAUUUUUGUUACGAACAGUCUUCAAACUUACUUGUAUUAAUUGUAUAAGACUUUUUUUUCUAAAAUUAGUUGAAAGACUUUUUUUUAAAUUCUCAUUUUGCUUACUUGUUCAACAUUUAUAAUUAUGUUGCUCUGUAUAUUAAGUAAAAACAUAAUAUGGCAACAAAUAUAAACAUAUUUCAAAUUUAAAUGGCAA